UAUAUACUGUAACUUUUGCUCAUGUGCAUGGGGAGGUGUGCCCCUUUCUAUCCAAUGAGAUAAUCUGGACAGUGGCCUCUUUUGGAUCAAUAGCACCCCCAGAAGCAAAAAUUCCUUACAGACUUUAAUCGUGGUGUUCUUUGCACAAGGUAGUAUAUUUAUGCAUAUACUUUGGCAGUGUUAGGGUUAGUUUGACACCUAUGGCACUGGCAGACCUAUUUACUGCCCUAAUUUAUUUAGCAUAUUUAAGUAGCCUGCAGGCUACUCAAAAUGUAGGCUGUCAUUGAAAACAAUACUGCAUUUAAAAUUUGUCUCUUUGCAAGGACAGGCAAGAAAUUGGUCAUGUAGUCUAGGAAUUACCCAUAUUUUCUGUCUCCAUUUGAGGAGUAGCCUAAUUUUGGUAAGAGUCCAUGUUCUCAAUGUCGCUCUCCUUUUUAAAUUAAUACAUCCACUAUUGAGGACGUUUUUUUUAGUUAUUAUUAUUAACACACUCUCUAAGGACUACAGUGACAGCUUCUCGACGUUGGGAUUUAGGUUUUGUACCUGUAUUCUUGCGCUGAUCUACACAUUUUUGUGCAUGAGGCACCGUUUCCAGGCCUUAUCCUUUUCUUUAAUUAUUUAUUUACGUGUAAACUGCAGUCUUGCUAUCAAUACAUUGAUGGUCGAUAAUUCCCAUCUCUGUUGAGGGCCGAACUAAAACACCUUAAUUUAUUUUCAUCUCAAAUUGGAGUAGGCCUACACACAGUCAUUAUGGCCCGUCCACGGCCGCGGGAGUACAAGGCAGGAGAUUUGGUUUUUGCGAAGAUGAAGGGAUACCCACACUGGCCAGCGAGGGUGAGUAGGUGAUGCAGCCGAGCUGAAAAGCAGGGAGGCGGGGUUGCCUGAGACAAUACCGCCGAUGCUUUGGGAUAUAUGCGAUGGGCUCUUGCCGCCACCUUCUUCACCAUGCUUGUUCGUCUUUUGCAGUAAAGUGCUUAGUUCACAGUGCACCUACCUUCAUCACAUAUACAGCUAUUGCAGCUCGCUAUUUUGAUACACUGCAAACCACAAGAACCAGUAAUUCUUAUGUUUACCAUUGUUGACAUUUUCCCUGUGUUUCUCAGUCAGGAAAUGAGGGCGCUAUUGUAUAGUGUGCUACUAUGUCUAUUUUUGAAUCCGUCUCUUCCUUACGUACGGUUUUUUCUUUUCAUUUUCCACAUUCCACAAAUUACCUUGAAUUCAAAGAUGUUGCAAUUGUAUAGGCCUGUAGAGUAAUUAGCUACUGUAGCAACUCACCGAUUUGGUAUAGCCUACUAGAGCUAGCCUUUAUAGUCAGUCAGACUUGACCUGAGGUAACCGGGUGAGCGUGAGCCCUUUCCAGCAACAAUGUUACAUUGUAAGCGUUCUGAUUACACCUUUGCACUCAAGUGUUCUAGUAUCUGCAACAUUGUUUCAAGAUACUGACACUUUAUACUCUUGUUUCUGUUGUUUGGAAUAUGUAGCCAACAUACAGCAUUGAAGAUAUGAUAGUACAGUUUACUGAAAUAUUAAAGUGUGUCAACAAUGCAGUUCACAUACACUGUUGCAGUUUGUAUUAUGAGUUCAUUUUGAAAGAUGAUCUCAUGAACAGAUGCAUCUGAUUUGAGUGUUAUAACAGUCUCUCUCUCUCUGUCUCUGUCUCUGUCUCUCUCUGUCUCUCUCUCUCUCUCUCUCUCUCUCUCUCUCUCUCUCUCUCUCUCUCUCUCUCUCUCUCUCUCUCUGUCUCUGUCUCUGUCUCUGUCUCUCUCUCUCUCUCUCUCUCUCUCUCUCUCCAUCACCCCCCCAUUAGAUUGAUGAACUUCCAGAGGGAGCCGUCAAGCCACCUGCUAAUAAAUAUCCCAUCUUCUUCUUCGGCACGCAUGAAACGUACGCCAAAACACUACUAUUUUGUCCCAAAUGGCAUCCUAUUCCCUAUGUAGUUCACUACCUUUGACCAGAGCCCUAUGGGGUAAGUAGUGCACUACAUAGGGAAUACGUAAUUUGGGACACAUCCACACCUUUUCUUUGCAACUUCUUUGUAUCAAUACCUAUUUUGUUGAUAAGCAGAUUACCAAAAGCAUCUCCUGUGGCCAUUUGUAUUACACUGAGGCCUAUGGUAUUACACUGAGGCCUAUGGUAUUACACUGAGGCCUAUGGUAUUACACUGAGACCUAUGGUAUUACACUGAGGCCUAUGGUAUCACACUGAGGCCUAUGGUAUCACACUGAGACCUAUGGUAUUACACUGAGGCCUAUGGUAUUACACUGAGACCUAUGGGAUCACACUGAGGCCUAUGGUAUCACACUGAGACCUAUGGUAUUACACUGAGACCUAUGGUAUUACACUGAGACCUAUGGUAUCACACUGAGGCCUAUGGUAUCACACUGAGGCCUAUGGUAUCACACUGAGACCUAUGGUAUUACACUGAGACCUAUGGUAUCACACUGAGACCUAUGGUAUUACACUGAGGCCUAUGGUAUCACACUGAGGCCUAUGGUAUCACACUGAGACCUAUGGUAUCACACUGAGACCUAUGGUAUUACACUGAGACCUAUGGUAUUACACUGAGGCCUAUGGUAUCACACUGAGACCUAUGGUAUUACACUGAGACGUAUGGUAUCACACUGAGGCCUAUGGUAUUACACUGAGGCCUAUGGUAUCACACUGAGGCCUAUGGUAUCACACUGAGACCUAUGGUAUUACACUGAGACCUAUGGUAUUACACUGAGGCCUAUGGUAUCACACUGAGGCCUAUGGUAUCACACUGAGGCCUAUGGUAUUACACUGAGGCCUAUGGUAUCACACUGAGACCUAUGGUAUUACACUGAGACCUAUGGUAUUACACUGAGACCUAUGGUAUCACACUGAGACCUAUGGUAUCACACUGAGACCUAUGGUAUUACACUGAGGCCUAUGGUAUCACACUGAGACCUAUGGUAUCACACUGAGACCUAUGGUAUCACACUGAGACCCAUGGUAUUACACUGAGACCUAUGGUAUCACACUGAGACCUAUGGUAUCACACUGAGACCUAUGGUAUCACACUGAGACCUAUGGUAUCACACUGAGGCCUAUGGUAUCACACUGAGACCUAUGGUAUUACACUGAGACCUAUGGUAUUACACUGUUAUAACACUGUAUUAUAGUGAUCAGCAGAUUAUAUAGGCCUAUUAUAACUGGGUGGUUCGAGCCCUGAAUGCUGAUUGGCUGACAGCUGUGGUAUAUCAGACCGUAUACCACGUGUAUGACAAAACAUCUAUCUUUACUGCUCUAAUUACGUUGGUAAACAGUUUCUAAUAGCAAUAUGGCACCUCGGGGGGUUGUGGUAUAUGGCCAAAAUAGAGAACUGCAAUACUGCCGGUCUUUCACGCUCAACAGUUUCCCGUGUGUAUCAACAAUGGUCCACCACCCAAAGGACAUCCAGCCAAUUUGACACAAAUGUGGGAAGCAUUGGAGUCAACAUGGGCCAGCAUCCCUGUGGAACGCUUUCAACACCUUGUAGAGUCCAUGCCCCGAUGAAUUGAGGCUGUUCUGAGGGCAAAAGGGUGCAACUCAAUAUUAGGAAGGUGUUCUUAAUGUUUGUACACUCAGUGUAUAUGCAGAAUUCCUAGACCAAAAAAAACGAUUGUGAAAUAAUACAAGAACGUUACUUUGGACGUUACUUUGGACAUCAACUCAAUAGUAUGAAGGUGUUCUUAAUGUUUUGUACACUCAGUGUAAGUUACAUUUUUGUGAUGACAAACUAAUGUUAGUGGUUUGGUACUGGUCAUGUUGGCCUUACUUUUCACCAUCUGUUGCACCACAGUGCCUUCCUGGGCCCCAGGGAUCUCCUACCAUACAACGAGUACAAGGACAAGUUUGGAAAGUCCAACAAGAGGAAAGGUUUCAACGAGGGUCUGUGGGAGAUCGAGAACAACGCAGGGGUCAAAUUCACCGGCUAUCAGGUCAGUCGUGCUCCUCAGUCCAUUUUUGUGGAUUGACCGGCACAUACAGAAGUAUACAAAAGUAAUCAAGAUAUGUGGACCGUGCAUUCUGACUAGCAGUUAUAACUUGUAAGCCAAACUCAUAACUAAUAACUUAUAAGCCAUCAGCAACAAGGACACACACACACACACCAGAGUUGUAUCUUAGUUGCUGAUGUCUUAUAACUGCUUGUCUGAGUCCAGUGUUCACAUAUUAUGGGCUGCUGCUUGACUUUGGUGUAGUCAUCUCCUGGAGAGUUUGUUAUAGAAGAGAUUUCUAUUUUAUUUGUUUUGUUGUUAAUAUGUUCUCAGUUGAUCUCAAUAGCACAUCAGUGAAUAACGUCUGCUCACUGUACUGUUCUGUAAAUUUUUCUCAUAUCACUAUGAAGCCAAAGGUAUAUUUUCCACUUCUUUUGGACAAUAAAGUUGUAUUCUAUUCUACUCUAUUCUAUGUUCUCAGGCUAUCCAGCAGCAGAGUUUUUCCAAGACGGAGGGAGAAGGAGGAAACGUGGCAGACGGGAGCAGUGAAGGAGAGGAGGGAGAUUCCAUAGAGGAGGUGGAAGAUGACAAAGUCAAACUGAAGGAAGACCGGGCCGGGUCCAAACGGAAAAAGACGGCCUCCUCUAAGGUACAGGUUAUCACAAACGAGUUAUCAGACUCUAACCUGUUAUUACACUCUAUCACACUCUAAACCUGUAUAACUCAACCCUAGUCCUGGAUGUGUUAGUGCUGGGCUAUAAAAAAGCCUGCACAGCCUGUGGGUCCCCAGGAACAGGGUUGAAGAACACUGGCUUAACCUAAGUGUCACGAUGGUCUUGGGCGUGUUAUGAUUUUUUUUAGUAUGAGAUGGUUGCCAACAGGGUCAUUUCAGGGGCAUCUCUAAGGGUGCAUCUCAAAACUCUCAAGAGGCUUCCUCUCCUUGCCUCCUCUCCUUCAUCUGCACUGACCAGACAAGGUGAAAGCAAUAUAAUGGAUGCCUUCCAACCAGAUAUCUGUCUUCACCUGUUUAGUAAUGUCAGCUAAAUGAAGCAAAGGAUAAAAUGAGAGGAAGCCACGUUAGACUAUUGAGCUCUAUCUCUAGUCUCUCUGGAGCUAUAGCUAACCUAUAGGUUAAAGGUGAGAGGUCAGAGUGCAGGUGCUUAUGUUCAGGGGAGCAGUAAGGGGGGGGGGGGGGGUACAAUCACUCACAGCUUGCUGUUGUAGGCUAUCACAAGCACCUGUCACUACCCAUGUUAUAGCCUACUGUUACAUUUCAUUCCAAGUUGUCAGCUAAUCUUGAAAAAGACAGAUUAUGAAGUCAACUAGGAGGGUUGAGAAACACUGAUAGUUCCAUUUGAAUGGUGUUUCAUUCAUAAGGACAACACAAAGCCUAUCGGCCUAUAUAGAGGCGGGGAGGUUGUAGGUAAUGUUACUGUGGUGUCGAUUCAGGCCUGGGUUGAAAAAAGUCACCCACAGCCCCCUCCACCCUGUCCUCGCUUAGCAACCACUGUUGCCUAGCAACUGGGCUCCAUUACGCACAUCUAUUGGAUGGAAUGUAACAUUCCAGAAGACCGACCUCAGCCUCUCAAAUUGGAAUGGUCUAACUCAUACUUACAUUACACAGAUGGCAAUUUUCUUGCUUUAGUCCUUCAAAGCGCUGGCUAUGCUUUUACUGUUUUGUUUCUCAGUGCAAAUACAGCUGUUAUGUUUAAGCGCACACAGCAUUUGACCUGUGUUCUUUAUAUGUGUAGUGUGGUGUAGUGAAAGGGAACAGAUCAACAUCACACACUGAGUUGAACUGAGCUACAAGGUCAUGCAGAGCAGAUGUUAUGUUAAUACAUUAUGAUACACUAACAGGGAUGUUAUGUUAAUACAUUAUGAUACACUAACAGGGAUGUUAUAUUAAUACAUUAUGAUACACUAACAGGGAUGUUAUGUUAAUACAUUAUGAUACACUAACAGGGAUGUUAUGUUAAUACAUUAUGAUACACUAACAGGGAUGUUAUGUUAAUACAUUAUGAUACACUAACAGGGAUGUUAUGUUAAUACAUUAUGAUACACUAACAGGGAUGUUAUGUUAAUACAUUAUGAUACACUAACAGGGAUGUUAUGUUAAUACAUUAUGAUACACUAACAGGGAUGUUAUGUUAAUACAUUAUGAUACACUAACAGGGAUGUUAUGUUAAUACAUUAUGAUACACUAACAGGGAUGUUAUGUUAAUACAUUAUGAUACACUAACAGGGAUGUUAUGUUAAUACAUUAUGAUACACUAACAGGGAUGUUAUGUUAAUACAUUAUGAUACACUAACAGGGAUGUUAUGUUAAUACAUUAUGAUACACUAACAGGGAUGUUAUGUUAAUACAUUAUGAUACACUAACAGGGAUGUAGAUCUUUUCUAUCAGAUUUGAGGUAAUGAGGACAAUGACCUGAUGAAGCCUGACUGGGGGUUGGUUGAAACAUUAUUAGCCAUGCUCAUUUAUUCAGAUACCUUACAGAACAUUUUGGAACCAAAUAUUAUAAAAAAAUGUAUCCAGUCCAGAGAAUAAUGGAUGCAUUAAUUAAACUUCAUUAAAUACUUACUUUAUUGUUCAAUGAGGCGCUCUGUUUACCACAUAUUGCAAGACUGCAAAUCAUCUCUCUGAAAUGUAAUGAAAUAAUUAUUGAUACAGUAUCAUGGAGUCUAGCUAUCCACUAGCUAAGCACGUCCAUGUAGUGUUGCAUGAGUGCUGAUCUGACAAAUAAGCACCUCAUCACUACCCGCACACAACAGCCCCCUGGUUACAACGUCCCCAGGAAGGAGUUGUCCUCAAUAGGUUCAGAACUGGCCAUGGCACAUGCCUCGCCAACUUCCACCGAUGGGGCAUAAAAGCAAGCUAUGGCCUGUGGGGUGGAGCAAACCAUGCACCACAUUCUUUGCAUUCACUAAAUAAAUAAAUAGAGCUGAUCUGUGUGUGUUGUCCCCAGAAGUCGUCCAAGCUGUCCAGGAUCUCGUCUGGAGAGGAGGAUCUGGAGGACGGGAAAGAGGAGGAUCAGAAGAGCGGAUCAGAGGGGGGAGACCCCGAUAACGGCAUCAUCCAGAACACCACUGACAGCAAGGUGAGCCGCCCAGGGGGGAUAACAGGGUUGGGGACAAUUCUAAUUAAUGUCAGUCAAAUCAGGAAAGGAUUUGAAUUUAAAUUAAAAAUAAAUAGGUUCUCCUUUUCAAUUUAUUGAGAAGUCAUUGAAAAUAUAUGAAAGUUUUACAACAAUUAAGUCGGAAUUUCAGUCUACUUGACUGUCUUCAAUUUGAAUUGACCCCAACCCUGGUGGAUGUAGCCUGAUCCCAGAUCUGUUUGUAUGGUUGGCGUGACAUUGACCCUAGUUGACAAGACAUUGCUGACACAUUUCAGUCACAGAUAUGUUUAUUCCUUCCUUAGUACCACAAAGUGAUAGUGUGGAAAGAUCAACACUUGAUUACUAAUUUAUUUGAUUUAGCAAAGAUUAAAAUGGAGCUGAAAAUGUUGCAGAUAUUGUUCAUUCAAUGCACAAAUACUGACACCAGGGGGCAUGGUAGCAAAAUAAUUGUUCAGAUUCUGUUUGACAUCUUGUAUCAUUCAAACAGCAUUAUUAUGUCACUUCAUUGUGUCCUGUGUCACUGUUAGAUACAUGUUUCUUAUGAGUAUUCUAAUUCUUUAAAAGGAUAUUUUUCAUUUACAUUAUUUCUGCCUUCUCUUCCAGAACCAGUUGCUGAGAGAAGAACAUUAGGUGCCGUGGACACCUGCAGACGGAAGGGAAGGUAUUCAUUGUUGCUGUCAUGUGAAAUUGGAACGGUCAAACUCCCAUCAUCACCACCUCUAGCACGUCCUGUAAUGGGCCAUUCACUUCUAACUCUAUGUAAAAAAUAACAUACAUCUACGACAGUAUAUCACUAAAUCUGUACAAUUCUGCUUCAGGCCAACAGACUCACACCCAGGCUAGACUACAGCCAAAGUAACUAGCUUCAAAACCACACACACACACUUGUGUCCUCGUCUCGUCGAAAUCAGAACACCACAUUUAAUAUCCAAACAGUGUAAAAUAAGCAUAAAUCGAUAUUUAUAUUGACCCUUAGCCUCCACUAUCUGAUUAAUCCAUCAAUGAUGUCAUAGAGGUAAACAUGUUAGCUAUGUUUGAUAAAAAUUAUAUGAAUAUACAGUCUAAUAUACUCCCUUGUGGUCUAUGAUGAUUGAUAUAUGUUGGGUAUUGCAGUGUUGUGAUCAUACUAGUUGUAUCUUGGAUUUGCUUUUCUAAAACAAUGGUUUAAGGGGAGGGACUAGCUUAUGGUUGCAAAAUUCCGGUACAUUUUCAAAAAUGUCCAGUUUUCCAGAAAUCCUGGUUGGAAUAUUCCUGUAAUCAGGAGGGAAUAAGCAGUACAUCCGGGGAUCAUACGACUGGAAUUUAUGGGAAACCUGGGAUUUUGGGGAAAGUUACUGGAAAUUUGUGUUUAACUGACUGUAUAACAUUAUCCAUAUCACUCAGCACUGUAUGUAACCUUCAAAAAAUGAAUGGAAAAAUACAUAGAUAAAUGUACGAAGUGUUGUGCACAAAUCGAGUUACACAUUGUAACUCUGUAUAACUCUGUAACUCUCUAUCUAUAUAUUUUACUUUGGCUGUAGAAUAUAGGGCCAAUAUUCUACCUGACUCCUCUAGCUAACUACUCGUCUGCAUCCCAAAUGGAACCCUAUUCCCUACAUACUGUAGUGCACUAC